AUGAGCCACCUGGCGAUGGACAAUUGCGUCGCUUCCGUACGCCCCCACGACUUCUCGGUUUGCCAAAAAUCCUUCAGUCACCAAGGUAACCUCAGAGCUCACAUGCGCAUCCACGCGGACAACAAGCCCUUUGUUUGUUCCGAAUGUGCUCGGGCCUUCAACUCGAAAGGAGAUCUUCACGAUUGCUCGCACGUGGACAAGCCCCACAACUGUUGCGUGUGCUCGCGAGUUUUCAAGAAAAAAGGCCAUCUCACGCAACACAUGCGCGUCCAUACCACCGACAAUAAGACUUUUUCGUGCUCCUUGUGUCCUCGAGUUUUUCCGAAAAGCAGGGAUCUCACGAGACACGUGCGUACCCACGCGGUGGAUGAGCCCACCAAGAGGUGCAGGCAAGUUUUGGAAAAAGCUUCGCCCAGCUGUACGAGUUCCCAAGCCGAUCCCCCAAAACGUCACAAUACAACCCAAAAACGGGAAAAGCGCUUCGAGUGCUCUGUGUGCCAGGCUUUUUUCACUACCACUGGUGGUCUGAGGGUUCACCAGCGUACCCACACGGGCGAGCGCCCUUAUCGGUGCUCCGAUUGCCAAAAGACCUUUAUCACCGUGGGCCAUCUUAGGAACCACCAGCUCUCUCACUCGGGCGAGCGUCCUCAUCGCUGCUCGGUGUGUCGAAAAGACUUCGUCAGGGCCCAAAGUCUCCGGGCCCACAUGCAGUGCCACGAGGUGGAGGGUCGCCACGAGUGUCCCUUGUGUCGGAAGAAAUUUCGCAGGAGCAACUAUCUCAAAGUGCACAUGGGCGUCCAUUCGGGGGAGAAACCGUACGGUUGCUCGGUGUGUUUCAAGGAAUUCAGACAACCCUGCCACCUCAAGAGGCACAUGCUCACUCACACGGGUGAACAACCCUACGAGUGCUCCGUUUGCUCAAAAACCUUUAAACAGAAAAUUCAUCUUUCGCUGCAUGUGUUCAGUCAUCAUAAGUGGGGCCAGCCAGUUCAUGGGGAUAUUGGACAAACUCGCGGGUGA